AAAAAUUCCUUCAUAUCCAACAAAAACAGAAUGUGCAGAAUUAAAUGAGGAGGUAAGGGGCUUCUCCGUUGCCGCCCUAAUUGUAUGCACUCUUCCAACCCUUGGACGGACCGGCGAUUGCAGAUUCAAUUUUCCGUUACCAUCGAUCUCUCGACGCCGAUACCAGCCGCCGCUCUGGUUAGGGUUAGCUUCCUCCUGCCUUCGACUUCUCUUCCAAACGCUAUCACCAAAUACUUCCCUCCCUCACUUUCACUAGUCGCUGCCCAGUGCCCUCCAAGUAAUAUCCAGCAAGUGAAUGAGAAAAUGUCCAAAUUAAAUGGCACUCCUCAAAGCUUGCAGCCCGGAAACAUUAAUGCGCAGAUCAGGCGUCCUCUGAAUGUUCAAAGCACAAAUUGGGUGCAAGGACCAACAAGUUUAGAUGAGUUCAAGUAUGGAUUCCCCUCUGGUGGAUUGCCAUCUAUAUCAAAUAAGUGGUGGGGAAGUAGCUGUCCAGAUGAAACAAAUAAUGAAGUAGAUGACAAGCAUCACUUCAAAGUAGUAAAUGAUGGUUCCGCUUCUAUAAUAGACCAAGAGAAAUCUGGAAGUAUAGAGGAGGAUCUUCAAGCUGAUCUUCAGGGAACACACCUUCUGACGGCUUUGAGAAAAAGAAGUUUGGAGCGAGGACGAAAAGUACUAAAGCAUGGUAAUAGCUUUCAUGGUCAUGGUUUAAACAAGUUAAGCAAGAAAGAAAGAUCAUUGCUUCUAAACAUAUUCAGAUCAUCUGUGCCAGAUGAAUGGAUAAAUAACUCCUAACAACUUCAGGGACAACUGCUUUGAUCGUCGUACUCUGCCCUUCAUAAGAACCUGUUGCCAAAUUGUAGAUGGAGAAGAAGAGAGAAAAAGUAGAUGAUGAAGGGUAACCGACAAUUAUAGUAGACUGUUGGAAACAGGUUGUUAAAAAUGUUUGGGCCAGAGGUGGAGGGCCCCUCCGGAGGUCCACCGGAGGGGCCAUUCUUAAACAACAGCCCAUGCUUGUUGCUCCCUGCAGAUGACCCGUUUCCGUCAGGUGGCCGCCAUUACUCAUCACAUCCAAAUUCUGAACUUUAAAACAUCUCUUUCUACUUUUCAAAUUUUUAUUGAUGCUAUGUAAGUGCUAUUCAUUACUAUUUCUCUCUUCUAAAGCCAGAAGUAAAUUCUUUCUUUUUUGGCCCAUUUGAACAGGUAAAGACAUAAAUAGUCCCUUUAGUUUGGUCAAAAGUUUGAAUCUUGUUCACACUGUUACGUUCUCGAGGAAAAGAUGGACGCCAUUAGUUUUUUGCAGUUUUGGAUUUUGAAGUAAUUUUGGUGUUACGAAGUUGAUUUUAAUUACUAACUCACUUACCUUAGGUGU